UCACUAAAGACAAAAAAGAGUAUAAUCCGACCAACCUCCAUCACGUGUAAGCAAGCACGUGCGACUAUCACGUGCAAAUUCUUCUAAAACAUAGCAUAACAUAAUAAUAAUAAUAAUAAAUAAUAUUAAAAAUAAAAAUAAAAAUAAAAAUAAGACCCUGUUUGUUAGUUAGUUAGAGAGAGAGAAAAAGAAAGAAAAAGAGAGAGAAAAAGAAAUGGGUAAGAUAAUGGAGAAGAGGAAGAAGAAGAAGAAAGGUAGACCUUCUCUUUUAGAUCUUCAAAAACGCACUCUCAAAGAACAACAGCAGCGGCAGCAGCAGCAGCAAAGUCAAAAUCCAAACAUUUCUAAAUCAAAAAAUUCAACCCUUAAUUCUUCGCAUAAUUACAAGUCUGCCACUCAAUCUCUCCGUCGUUCCACUCGCCGUAAUCCAACUUCUUCGAAAGAGGAAGAAGAAGGGCGAGACGAAGACGACGAAGAAGAAGAAGAAGAAGAAGAAGACGAUGCCGUUGAAUUAUUGAUUAAUGGGAAGAAGCGGCGAGAGAAGAAGCUUAAGCUGGUGCUUAAAUUGCCUUCCACUUCUUCUUCUCCUCCUCCUCCUCAAAAUUCGCAAGCUGAUUCCGACUCUAAUGGGUCCCAGGAGGACAAGAAAACGAUGUCGCUCAACAGAAAGAGGAAAAUUAAUGCGAUCGGUGAUGGAUCUAUCAGAGAAAAGGGAGAUAAUAGGACUGUUUCAGGUGCAAACCCCACAAAUACAGUACAAGAUUUGGGACCCUCAACGCCUUUACCUGAUGAAAAGCUAUUACUGUUCAUCCUCGAAAGGCUUCAAAAGAAGGAUACGUAUGGUGUAUUCUCUGAACCAGUAGACCCUGACGAGCUUCCAGAUUACCAUGAAGUUAUUGAACAUCCCAUGGAUUUUGGGACUGUUAGGAAGAAGCUCGCUGGUGGGGUUUAUGCAAACUUGGAACAAUUUGAGAAAGAUGUAUUCUUGAUAUGUUCAAAUGCAAUGCAGUACAAUGCCCCAGAUACCAUAUAUUUUAGACAGGCAAGAUCUAUACAAGAGCUGGCGAAAAAGAAUUUUGAAAAUUUAAGGCAAGAUAGUGAUGAUAAUGAACCAGAACCAGAACCUACGGUAGUGAGGAGAGGUAGACCACCAACCAAGAAUUUAAAAAAACCAGUGGGCAGGCCUUCAUUGGACCGCGCUGGUUCAGAAUAUUCCUUGGAUGCAGCAACUCUUGCUACUGGGGGAGAGAGCACCAUCUGGUCCAAUAAUGAUCAUAGAAAGGGACCUCUUGUUUCAGACAAGUCUGGCUUCACAGAUUCAUUAGGACGAUCUCACGGUCCUCGCAGUGAUGCUAACUGGUUGACUGACAACAAAUUUGAGAGGAAUGAAGAAGCUACAGGUUCUGUGCUAAAGGGUAAUUCGAUUAAAUAUGGGAAAAGACAAUUUGGACUUGAUGAGAACAGGCGUAACACAUACAAGCAGUUAUCAGCUGGACGGGAGCCAUCUGUAUUGAUUACUUUUGAUUCAGAGAGAAAGCAGCUAAUGGCUGUAGGGCUUCUGUCAGAGCAUGGUUAUGCAAGGAGCUUAGCUCGAUUUGCUGCAAAUGUUGGCGCAGUUGCUUGGAAAAUUGCUUCAACAAGGAUAGAGAGGUCUUUACCGCCUGGAAUUAAAUUUGGCCCUGGAUGGGUCAGCGAAAAUGACAUCUCACCACAGAGGGCAUUUGUUCUUUCUUCACCCCCUCCAGGUCUUCCAUUACUAUUGCAGCCUCUCUCUCUUCCUGUAAAUACUGCUGCCACAACUUCCAUUGCUGAAUCAAGAGAAAACCUGUCACAAAAACCUGAAAAUAACAUGAUAGAGGACGAGAAGCAGUUGGCUUCUGAGGGACACAUAAGCAAUGCCCUUUCUCCAUCUGCCUCUUCAUCUACAUCCCCUGUGGCAGCUGGUAAACCUGAAUCUUGCGCAGAAAGAGGAGAAGCAGUUGAGAGAUUGAAUUCACAUGAUGGUGCGACAUUGCUGAACUGCAGUGCUAGUAUGAUCAGGCCAAACCCUCCUUUACAGAUUAAUUCAGUGCAUCGCGGCAUGAACAGGUUUAAUGGUACUUAUGGGUUUGACCUUCCAGCCGAGAUGGGAAAACUAGUUGGCACUUCAAUGCCCGCUGGAUUUAACUUUCAGUCACCUCAGAUGAUUGACAAAAUCUUGAAAUCUAAUACUAACUUUGUCCACCCUGCAACAGCAAACAGCCUGAACUCAGAAGGUCCAAAGCUUUCAGAGCAUUCCAGUGCAAUAAAUCCAACUGGUGCACUGCCUAACCCUGGAAAUGAUAUGGAGGUUCCAAGAUAUGAGCUUGAACCUCGACCAUCUUGGCAAGGAUCGUUACAUCUGCCAAAAUCAGAUGCAGGGUUAUCACCACAACAGAAAUCAGAUUCAGUUCCACCUGACCUGAAUGUCAGAUUUCAGUCUCCAGGUUCUCCUAGUUCUAACCGUGUUGAUUCAGCGCAACCGGAUUUAGCAUUGCAGCUCUGAGUACAACUGAAUUAUUAUUAUUAUGGAAAAUGUGCAUUUUAGCCCUUAAGGUUUAGGCCGAUGAGCGAAUUGGCCCUCUAAUCUAUUUUUUGAAACAAAUAACUGAAAAAAAUUAUAUUUUUGUGUCAUCUUGACACUCAAUUAGACAGAAAAAUAAACUGCUUUAACUGUAGAUGAUGUGGCAAUUAUCUUAACCUUUUAUUAGGAGUAGAAUCCACCGUAAGUGCCGCAUCAAUUAAAUAUUUCUUCCUCUUCUUCCUCCUCUCUCUCCAAUGCCAACAACAUUGGAAGAAACUUGUAUAUUUUCUGUGUUUGAGUGGAUUGGUUGAACUAUUUUUAA